CAUACAAGGUUUGAACUUUGAAGUAGCUGGUUUAGCUUCCGUCGGAGAUCUUCGCCGUCAGUUCAUGGCGGCUGUUCCGGCGAAGAUGGAAACUGGAAAGAUCGUAGUAGAGAUAGUCGGAGGCAAGUCAACUGUCACUCGUUGCUUCUCAAAGUACCCACUCAAAUUCAUCGUCCCCAAAAAGAUCGGUAAUUCUCUCGCAGAUGCUGUUUGGGUCUAUUCUAUCUCCUACGGCGGUGGAAUUGUAUCUGGAGAUUCAAUUUCUUGUGGGUUCACUAUUGGAGAUGGCUGCACUACUGUAUUGACAACACAAUCUUCUACUAAGGUUUACAAAUCACUUGGAUCUAAGGUUUCUGAACAAAACCUAGAGGCAGAGAUUGGACACAAUUCUCUUUUCGUAGUUGUUCCAGAUCCAGUUACUUGCUUUUCCACCGCAAGGUAUUCCCAGAAACAAAUAUUUAGAAUUGCAUCCAACUCGAGCUUGCUCCUAGUCGAUUGGAUCACCAGUGGACGCAUUGAAACCGGAGAGAAGUGGGACUUUGAAAUGUAUAAAAGUAUCAAUCGAAUCUUCGCAGAAGAUGGGCAGCCUGUUUUCAUUGAUUCUGUGUUACUUGAGAAAGGAAGAUAUUCGCCUGUUAGUGAACGAAUGCAACACUAUCAGGUUCUUGCCAUGGUUAUAAUCAUGGGGCCUAGGUUAAAACACAUUCAAGAUCAAAUCCAGGAGGAAGUGAAAAGAAUGAUGUCUCAUGAGUUGCUACACUCGCCACGAAAAACUGAUCAUUUUUCCUCUAAACCGGACUUCCUAACGUCCUGCAGCGCUUUUGGUCCCAAGGGUGGUGGUGGCGGUGUUGUUGUUCGUAUAGCUUCCACAACAACAGAGUCUGUCUACAAGUUCCUUCGUCAUCAGUUGGCUAAUUUGGAACCGUUGCUUGGAGCAAUUCCAUAUCGGAUUUAGUGAAGAAAGAAGAACACGCUAACAAAGUGCUCUAAACCCGUCAUGAUUUCUUAAGCACCAUAGUUGAUUGAUUCUUUUUCAAAUAAUCUUUGGCAUCUCUUUCAACCGGUCUAAUCUUUUUGUUUGAUUAUGUGUUGUCUUUUUUAUUGUUGUUGUUAACUAUGUUUAAGGUACCAAACUCACAUUCAGAGAUAUUGAGAUUUCAUACCAAAUAAAGAAAAUGUAACAAGUUCAAUUUCGAUUCGAAGGCAAUGAU